GUUGGCCACUCACUCGUCCUCGUUCUCCCCCAUACCCUCCGACACCUCUGCCUCCAACUCAGCGUCACCGAGACGCACUCAUCUCCACACUCUCAUACCUAACGCACAUGUCUGCGGCCCGCCAGGUCGCAUGGCGCGAGCCGACGAAGGAGGACAAGCCGCCCAAGGAUGCUGAUCUUCAAACAGCUUGGAAGUUCUUGCAGAAUGGUGUCGAACACAUCAUGACGCGGCUGCAGAUGGGCAUGUCGUACCAGUACUACAUCAUUCUGUACACGACCAUCUACGACUACUGCACCGUUCCGAGCCGCGGUGGGUUCGCGUCGGCACCGAAGGGCGGCGCAAGCUUGCAGGGCGCCGACCUGUACAAGAAGCUCAACGGCUACCUGGCCGAACACUGUCGUCAGAUGCGAGAGGAAGGCGAGCGUCUCUCCGACAUCGAGCUCAUCAAGUACUACGCGCGCCAGUGGGAGCGGUACACCACCGGCGCGGGGUACCUCCACAAGCUGUUCAACUACUUGAACAAGCACUGGGUAAAGCGUGAGAAGGACGAAGGGCGAAAGGAGAUAUACACCGUAUACACUCUCGCGCUCGUAGCCUGGAAGAAGAACUUCUUCAAGUACAUCCAGAAGAGCGACUCGGAGCCUUCGCGCCUUACCCAGGCCGUGCUCAAGCAGAUUGAGCUGCAGCGCAACGGAGAGACAAUCGACAACUCGCUCCUGAAGAAGGUCAUUGAGAGCUAUGUCGCGCUCGGCAUCGACGACGCAGACGUGCAGCGCGAGAACCUCGAAGUCUACAAUGAUUGCUUCCAGAGGUACUUCAUCGAGGCUACGCGCAAGUAUUACGCGCAGGAGUCGGCCACGUUCGUGGCCAACAACUCGGUGCCCGACUACAUGAAGAAGGCCGAGGACCGUUUGAAGGAGGAGCAGGACCGCAUCAACCUCUACCUGCAUGACUCUUCACGGCGCGAGCUCAAGGAGACGUGCGAAUAUGUCCUAAUCAAGGAGCACGAGAAGAUAAUGCAGGACGAGUUCCAGCCUCUGCUGGAGGCAGACCGCGAAGCAGACCUGGGCCGCAUGUACGGUCUUCUUAUUCGCGUUAAUGGUCUCGACUCGCUCCGCGUCAAGUUCGAGGAGCACGUCAAGAAGGCCGGCCUGGCCGCUAUAGAACGUGUCAUUCCCGCCCCCGGAGCGGUCAACGAGGCGGGCAAGCCCGAGGUGCUGGACCCCAAGUCGUACAUCGAGGCACUCCUGUCCGUGCACAGCAAGUUUCACGAGAUUUUGGACGGUCCUUUCCACUCUGAGAUUGGGUUCAACGCGUCUCUGGACAAGGCGUGCCGUGACUUUACCAACUCCAACGCCGCUGCCAAGACCGCGACCAAGUCGCCCGAGCUUCUCGCGUCUUACUGCGACCAGCUGCUCAAGAAGAGCAACCGUGACGUGGACCCGGACGCCCUGGAGGGAGCUCUUACCAAGGCUAUGAUCAUCUUCAAGUUCAUCGACGACAAGGACGUCUUCCAGAAGUUCUACCAGAAGAAGCUCGCGCAGCGUUUGGUCAACUCGAUGUCGGCAUCCGACGACUCUGAGGGGUCAAUGAUCUCCAAGCUCAAGGAGGUCUGCGGCUACGACUACACCACAAAGCUUACAAGGAUGUUCAGCGACGUUAGCGUUGGUCGCGAUCUGACGGAGAAGUUCAAGGAGAAGGAAAGGCGCGAAGGUUCAGGAGACGAUCUCGACUUCUCUAUCAUGGUCCUCGGUACUACUUUCUGGCCACUUGCUCCUCAGCAGACCGACUACGCCGUGCCGCGCGAGGUGCAGCGGACACAUGAGCGGUUCACGAAGUUCUACAACGACGUUCACUCUGGCCGCAAGCUCACAUGGCUGUGGCAUGUGUCCAAGAACGAGCUCCGCACGACGUACCUCCAGCAGAAGUACAUCUUCAUGACAUCCGCGUACCAGAUGGCCAUCCUCACUCAGUUCAACGAGAACGACUCGCUUUCGUACAAGGAGCUCGCGGACGGUACCAAGAUCGACGACAAGAUCUUAAAGCCGCAGUUGAACCUUUUGGUCAAGGCCAAGGUGCUGCUUAAUGACUCCGACACAUACGACCUGAACCUCAACUUCCGCUCCAAGAAGAUCCGUGUGCAGCUCAACCACCCAGUGAAGGCCGAGCAGAAGGCCGAGGCGACCGAGGUGCUCCAGGCUGUCGACGAGGACCGCAAGUUUGUGUACCAGGCGACGAUUGUGCGCAUCAUGAAGGCGCGCAAGACCAUGAAGCACCAGGGCCUCAUCCAGGAGGUCGCGCAGAGCAUCUCGACGAAGUUUACGCCCAAGGUCUCCGAGAUCAAAAAGGCCAUCGACUACCUGAUUGACAAGGAGUACCUCGAGCGUGGCGACACGAAGGACACCUACAACUACCUGGCCUAAGUGUCAGCCACUUUGUUCGGCACUCACGCUCUGCGGCCCCCCAACGACCUGUGCAGCAGUACCCGGCCGUCAUGUUACUGCGGCGACUGUGGGUGAAGGGCUCCGCGCCGAGAAGAGCAGCGCAUGUUGGAGCCUGGCGCGCUGUCGUCGUUGUAACUGUACAACAUGCAUUGAUGUGACACCGAUAGCCAGUCUCGCGAGCUCUACUUGGCCUCUGGGAGCCAUGCACGCCUUGAAAUCUGCUAUGUGAC